UUGAUUCAUAAAAAUUUAUAAUUGCACAGUAGAAAUUUUUUUACAUUUAUAAGUAUGCCUGCAUAUCAUUCAAGUUUUAUUGAAAGUAAUGGAAAUGUUGGUAAUAUGGCACUUUUGCCAAUUCGAACACAUUUUAGAGGUCCUGCACCUCCCUUCAAUAAUAAGGAUUUGGAUAUAAUUGAUGAAGCAUUGUAUUUCUUUAAAGCAAAUGUGUUCUUUAGAACGUAUGAAAUUAAGAGCGAAGCUGAUAGAGUUUUAAUUUAUAUUACAUUAUAUAUAACAGAAUGCUUGAAAAGAUUACAGAAAUGUGCAACUCAAGCUCAAGCUACAAAUGAAAUGUAUUCUCUUGCUAUUUCAAAAUUUGAUAUUCCUGGUGAUCCUGGUUUUCCUUUAAACUCUGUAUAUGCAAAACCAAGUAAUCCUGUAGAAGCAGAUACUAUGAGACAAUAUUUGCAACAAAUAAGACAAGAAACUGGUGUUAGACUUGUAGAAAAAGUAUAUGGUGAAGAUGGCAAACCAAGCAAAUGGUGGUUAUGUUUUGCAAAAAAAAAAUUUAUGGAUAAAUCAUUAUCUGGUCCUGGACAAUAAAGUAUAUUUUUUAAUUAUAAUAUAGAAUAUGUAUAACAGAUAAAUACAAAAGUUUAUUGCAGGAA